AUGUCAAAUUUAUGGUUGCGUAGGGCUGUAGCCUUUUGGUUUGUGGCGGUCUUUAUUUUGGCGGGACUUCCGGCAUGGUACAAGCUGACGACGAUAUACCGGGCUCCCUUACCCAGCGAAUACAUCAGAUCGAUCCAUCAAAACAUGCACUCGGAUGUGCAUAUUGUGAUUCCUGUAUAUGUCAGGUCAGACACGUACAGGUUUCCAGACGUGCACGACGCAAUCCAGGUGCAGGUCAACGAGCUUCUGCGGUCGAGGCCCAGUCACGUGCAGUGGUCGCUGCAAGUCCUGGAGUAUGACGAAUCUGUCGUGGAUCAAGACUCGGACUACGUGGCGACCCUGGUGCUCGAUGACUUUGCCGGCUUCACUCUAGCGUACGAUUCGAAGGAGACCCUGGUUUUCUUCAACAAUGAGGCCGUGAUGGCCAACGAUGUGCCGUUUUUUGCGGCGCAGACGCUCGUCGAGCAUACUUUUGGAGCCGAGUGGGAGGAAUUUUCCGGUUCAAGGCCCGAAAAAAACACAGGAUCUUCAGAGAUGGCUAUCUCCUACAGCCCCAACGUGCACUUGUCGAUCUCGCUCUUGACUGGCGACGGCAGGCCAAUAGGUUGGGACAUCGACACCACGCUCGACAAUUACUUUACGCCUCUGCGCAGAUUCCUAUCACCACUCGUCAACUUCACCGUGGACACCAGUAUUGUGCAGUUCAAUGAUUUGAAUGUCGGGUCGAUACAUUCAGGUGAGAACACAACCUGGCAGGACCUAGCUCACACGAUUGACCUGUCAGAGCUUUCCUCCAUGAACUACUACAAGGAAAAGAGCGUUUUGAACUUAGCGAUCGUCUUCCCAAGUCUCGAGGCGGGUGAGCUAUCAUUCGUUAACGCGACCUCCCAGCGUCCUUGGCAAACUUUCAUGGUACCCCGCUGGGGAUCGCUCGUUUUGAACAAAGCACCUCUGCCUGAUAAUGUCCGGCUAACCGAGGAAUACCUCGCGCCUGUCAUCUAUAAUUUCGCAAGAGAGCUCUUCCAAUUUCUGGGCCUCGCGACUCAGAGCGCUGACCUCACAACCCCAUACGCCACGAUAGAUUCGUUUAAAAGGGUGACAAUUAUAAAGAACCUCGAGCAUGGUGCAGAGACCCUUUGGUCCCUGACAAAGUUGACUGAACAAUUUCCACAGAUGUCAGUCCCCAAGCAGGUGCUGAGUGAUGUGGAAAAGGCACUCGACUUACGCUUGCAGCUAAUCGAACUCCUCAACAACCCCGAAAAGGGUGGCGAUCGUACGUGGAACCAGGCGCUCUUGCUAAGUAACGAAUUUGUUCGGGUUUGCGAGAGAGCAUUCUUCCAUAAGGAAAUGGUUCAGCAAAACUUCUUCCCUCAAGAGCACAAGAUUGCGGUUUAUUUGCCUCUGCUAGGCCCACUCACCGUCAUUAUCCUUUCGGGACUGCUGAAUGCAUUACGCGAGAAAGAGGGCCCUCACGUUGCCAAUAAUUCUUUGACAGAGAAGGAGAGGUUACAAGACGACGACACUACGGUGGAUUCCAGCGAGCGUUCUGCCGAAUAA